ACGGGGUAGAAAACCCCACCGCCUCUCGCACCGCCGCCUCGACGUCCCUUGACGCUUCUCUGGCACGCACACCAAACCCUAAAAGCCACGAACCUCUCAUCCCCAUCGUCCCUAUAAAAGUCCACCCCGUUUGAAUUCCCCGUCAUUAAAAUCCAUCUCCCCUCCCGUCUCCCGCUUCGAUCUUCCCGUUUGCUGCUCCUGAUCUUCUCGGAGCCGCCCGAUUCCUCAAAUAGACACUCGGAUCUCGUGCGCAGGUCGCCGCGAUCGGUAGAUCUGUUGCUUGUGCUACGAUCUUCGUAUUUCUGACGAGCACUCGAUCUUGCUAACUGUCCGGUUUCGUGGUGGCCGAUCCGUGUAAUGUUUUGGGAGUCUUUGGUUGGAAAUCAAGGAAAGGCGGUAAUUUGGGGGUAAUCGAGCUGGACGUUUGGAGGUUCUGCUGUGGUUCGGCUUCUUGAGGAAAAGGUUGGAGUUUGUGGAGGGUGAUACUUGCUGAUUCGAUCGGAAAAAGGAGAGCGGGAUUGUGAGGAAGUGAUUUAAACAUUUACAAGUAAGAUCUACUUGAGCUGGAACUCUUGAAGAUCUGGCAAGAAUCUAUUUGCUGAUUUGGUUUGGAAAAGGAGGGAGGGAUUGAAGGAAGUGAUUUAGACAUUGACAACUAAGAUUUACUUGAACUGGAACUCUUGAAGAUCUGGCAAGAAAUCUGUUUAUUGAGGAAAACGUUGGAUUUUGUUGUGGGUGAACAUGGCGGAUCAGGAGUUCGUGGGAAGCCAACCUGUUGAACUUUCGAAGCACCCAUCUGGCAUUAUUCCCACACUCCAGAAUAUUGUUUCUACAGUAAAUUUGGAUUGCAAACUGGACCUUAAGGCUAUUGCUUUACAAGCCCGCAAUGCAGAGUACAAUCCCAAGCGUUUUGCUGCUGUCAUUAUGAGAAUAAGAGAACCAAAAACCACUGCCUUGAUAUUUGCCUCUGGAAAGAUGGUUUGUACAGGGGCCAAGAGUGAACAUCAAUCAAAACUUGCAGCACGGAAGUAUGCUCGCAUUAUUCAGAAGCUUGGUUUUCCAGCAAAAUUUAAGGAUUUUAAGGUCCAGAACAUUGUCGGUUCCUGUGAUGUGAAGUUCCCUAUAAGACUCGAGGGCCUUGCUUAUGCCCAUGGUGCUUUCUCCAGUUAUGAACCGGAGCUUUUUCCUGGCUUGAUAUAUCGGAUGAAGCAACCAAAGAUUGUGCUUCUCAUUUUCGUAUCUGGCAAGAUCGUUCUCACUGGGGCGAAGGUGAGGGAUGAGACGUACACGGCAUUUGAGAAUAUAUAUCCAGUCCUCACAGAGUUUAGGAAGGUCCAACAAUGAUACUGUCAUGAGAUGGAGGCGGCAAGGAUGGAGUAGCCAUCAAUUCUUUUAAUAUUCGAUUGUACAUAGGGUGAAGAAUCUGCAGCAGGGAUAUGCUUCAGGAGCUGUCAAUGAAUCGAUAGCUUUCAGUGGAUGUGUCAUACUCCCCCCAAAGUAUACUCGGUGAAAAGCUUUAAACGCCAUACAUUACAUGAUCGACUGGUAAAAGUGGUAAACCUCCCUCCAUCAGGCAAACAAACACCAGAGGCUGAUCUGAAGUUUUCCUCUCGAAGGAACAGUUGUUCUCUUAUUGAGAUACGAUGUGAACCAACAAUGUUCUUCUUGUUGCCACUGUAUUGAGAUACAGAGCGACAUGACAUGCUUUUCCUUUUUGAUGAGCAACCAACCAUGGGAGGUCAUGUUUGUGCUGUUCGUCUGUGGUCAUCCGUAUGUAUAUGUGGAUCGAACAAUCAAUCUUGAUAUGGGGGAAUAAGGUAUUUAGUGUUUAAUACAACUAUUUAUCUGAUGGACUAGAUUUAAGACGCUA